AUGUCCGAAGUGUACAGCAUCGAGCCCAAAACGUCCGGCAGGGUAACCAUUUACACCAGCCUGGGCGAAUUGGAAGUGCUCCUUUUUUGCAACGAGUGUCCGGUAGCAUGUCAGAACUUCCUUCAGCUCUGCCUAAACAACUACUACAACGGAAAUAAAUUUUUCCGAGUCAUUCCGCAAUUCUUGAUUCAGACGGGGGACCACACGAACACGGGGCUGCACAACGAGUAUGCCUUCAAGGAGCCCUUCCAGAACGAGUGCAACCGACGACUGAAGUUCCUCUACGCAGGAUGCAUAUCCUUCGCAAACCUUAACAUAGAGAAGCCAUCCAAUGGAAGCCAAUUCUUUAUCACGUUGGACAAGGCAGAAUAUCUCAACAAUAAAAGUACCCUGUUCGGGAAGGUCGCGAAACACAGCAUCUACAACCUCCUGAAAUUUAAUCAAAUAAAAACAAACAAGAAAGAUGAACCGAUAGAGGAUGCUCCAUAUAUUCGAUACAUUAAAAUCGAGGAAAAUCCCUUUCACCACUUAGUCCCUUAUGCCAAUUAUGAGAGGGACGUGAAGGAAAAGAAGCAAGAAGACGUACGAGGGGAGCUUCCCAGGGAAGCGAAGAAGCUUAGGGGGAAUCUACUCUCCUUUGGCUACGACGAGGGGGAAGAAGCCGAGGAGGGGGAAGCCGCUCAUGAGGGAGAAGCAGCCGAGGAGGGAGACGCCACCAAUGAGGGGGAAGCCGCUCAUGAGGGAGACCCCCCCAGCGACCGGCCCACCGUGGAAGACGCAGCGAAUCGAGCACCCCCAGAAGGAGAACCCCAAAGGAGGACAUCCCUAGGAAGGAGCAAAAGGGACAGCAAAAUGGUUGAGGAAAAAAUCGAUAAGCUAAAAAAAAAAACAAACGAUAUUGAAAAGGACAAAGCGAAAAGGAAGGAAAGAGACUCUGCCGCGAGGGACCUGGGCACCUUGGAUGAGUCUUAUUUGAGGAAAAUCAGGAAGUACAAUAAAAUGUCCAAGCGGGAGAGGGAGAAGCAGUCGCUGCAAAAACUGCAAGAAUUCGAUAACAGGCUGAAGGGGCUCUUUUCCCGUGACGGAGAAACCAACCAAGGGAUGAAGCAUGACUGGCUGAACACCCAGGGGUUGAAGUUCCGAAUUGACUCCGCCAAUGCAUACGAACACGAAGACAUAAAAAAGAAAGUGGUUAAUCCAAUGGACAGUGAAAACAAACGUCCCUACGAUUCCAAGUUCAGCAUGGAGAAAUAUUUAAAGGAGAAGCGGUCGAAAGAAGACCCCGCGAAGUAG